CUUCUUUAACUAAUCUUUUCAACCCCAAAAUCCAUCCAAUUCCCAAACCCUUCGAUUAAAUAAAGGGGGCGAAUUUCGUCGAGCAGUUGGUGGGCAGAAUCAGCAACGAAAAUGGAGAGGUUGAUCUACUCCAAUUCCCAUCCUCUCAACCGCCGCCUCAAUUCGCCGUUUCUUCCACAGCUCGCUCAAGCGGACUCGCCCCAGAGGCUCGUAUCGCCUCCGUUUCCGCGCCGAUUGAAGUCGGUUUCCUGCAGCAUCAAUGUGAACAGCUCCGGGAUUUUCCCCCGCAGAGGUGUGGAUGAUUCGCCGGAGAUCAAUUUGGAGCCUGUUGUGGAUUCGCGGAAUGUGUCUGCGCCGGAGCCGGGGUUUCUCAAAUGGUUUGAAUUGAAAUUGUCUCGGCAGCAGAAGGUGGUUAACGCUGGGAAGGUAAUACUACUAUCAGCGUUCAUUUUAACGUUUCUCCAUCCAGCUACCGUAUCUCCAGCCUUUGCAAGUUUCCAAACCGCAGCCAAAUCAGGAGGUCCAGCUGCAGCUGCAGUUGGUAGCACUCUCGUCCGCAGUGAGUUUCUAAGCAGCGCGUGGACGGGCUUUUUUGCUGGCUGUCUGCACACGCUAUCUGGCCCAGACCACCUUGCUGCAUUAGCACCACUCUCAAUCGGCCGCACAAAAAUGGAAAGUGCUGCUGUUGGAGCUCUGUGGGGAUGUGGGCAUGAUGCUGGCCAGUUACUGUUCGGCCUGCUGUUUUUACUCUUGAAAGACCGACUUCAUAUUGAGGUGAUCAGAAACUGGGGAACGAGAGUUGUGGGCUUAACUCUGCUUGUUAUUGGUGGAAUGGGGAUCCGGGAAGCUUCAGAGGUCCCCGUACCUUGUGUCGCCUUAGAAAAUGGCGAAUGUGAUGUUAGUGAGUACGAAGACCUUGUGAGCCAGCCAGUUGGAAAGAAGAAGAUCGGGUUUGCUACAUUUGCCACUGGAAUUGUUCACGGGCUUCAGCCUGAUGCAUUGAUGAUGAUCUUGCCUGCACUUGCUCUGCCUUCCCGGCUUGCUGGUGCUGCGUUUUUGUCGAUGUUUCUAGUUGGGACUGUCAUCGCGAUGGGAAGCUAUACCGUCUUUAUAGGCUCGUGUAGCGAGGCGCUAAAGGAGAGAGUUCCUCGGAUUACAGAGAAGCUCACGUGGGCGUCUUCCCUCAUCGCGAUCGCACUUGGGCUUGCUCUUCUAGUUAGCCAGUAUUUUGGAUUUAGUCUCUAUUGACAUACAUUAUGAAUCUUGAGUUAUGCUAUGUAGCUGAGGAUCUGAAGGUAAUUGAUUUAGUGAAUUGAGAGGCAAAGCUCAUCGUUGCAGCUUUGUAUUUUUAAUGUUAAUUUUAUAAAUAAAUGCAUUUUUGCCUCUAUA